GCCAUCUUGACGCGCGUAGGUUUAACAGUUACCCUUUAUCGUCUCCAUUAAAUUGACUUUUUUGCCCAUUAGCUGAUGUUCUGAGCCGAGAAAAUGGAGGAUUCUCUGCUCUCGGACGAUAAGACGCCACGGAUGCUCUUACGUCUGUUGAUGGCGAAUUUAGGACCAGAGGAGACCCCAGAAGCCUUACAUCCACACCGUCUCCGUCGACAAGCUGCCUCCUCUGCUAAAAGGAAGAGAGGAGGAGCAGGAGGGAGUUCAUCAAAGAGAUCUAAAGGCGGUGAAGAUGCUUCUCUCCUGAAAGUUGCUCUCCAGCCACAGUCGAGACAGUCUCAGCAGUUCUCCACUUCUCGCAAUGAAUCUCUCAACGCCAGCACCAUCAAAGGGACAGACCUGACGUACAUGAAUAUUACCGCAUUCAACAGCAGCGAAUCGUCCAUCAAUGAGAGCAUUGAUCUGACUGCGGCCACCAGAUUUCGCAAAAGGAAACAACGUCCUCAGGAAUACGAUGCCCAGUCUGAAGUGUCAAAGUUGGUGAUUAAACCGCCCAUAGGUACUAGGUCGAGAAAGAAGCAUCCACAGGCAAAGAAGUCUUCUCGGGCUGCCGGUGACUCGGCCAGCAGAGCUAAAACCGAGGUCACUUUACCGAGUGAGACGACAUACGCAGCCAUAGACACAAGUUUGAUAGACUCGUCAUCAGAUAGCAUUGAUUAUGGAAAAGCGAGGAACUUGCGCCAUCGAACCAAGAAGGAAGCCAUUGAGUUUCAACAGAAACUUGUGAAACCUUCAAUGGCAUCCAAGACAUCGACAAAAGGAAGUGAUAGCGAGUUGGUGGAGAAGACAUACGCCGAUCUCAGCAUUAACUGGCUGGAGUUGUCCUCAGACAGUUCUAUUGAUUUAGGGGCAGCCAGAAAUAUGCGUAAAAGAACGAGGCUUCAAGUCAUGGCCAUUCCAGAUGUAGAUCCAGCAGCUUUUGCCCAUAAACCAUCUAAGGAUACGAGUCAGAUGCAGACAAGAGGGAGUGACAAGUCAUUACAGAUGUCUCCCUCAAAGUCACCACGAAAAUCUUCAUCACUACAAAAAGAUAGUGACAUGUCUCCCUCAAAGUCACCACGAAAAUCUUCAUCACUACAAGAAGAUAGUGACAUGUCUCCCUCAAAGUCACCACGAAAAUCUUCAUCACUACAAGAAGAUAGUGACAUGUCUCCCUCAAAGUCACCACGAAAAUCUUCAUCACUACAAAAAGAUAGUGACAUGUCUCCCUCAAAGUCACCACGAAAAUCUUCAUCACUACAAGAAGAUAGUGACAUGUCUCCCUCAAAGUCACCACGAAAAUCUUCAUCACUACAUAAAGAUAGUGACAUGUCUCCCUCAAAGUCACCACGAAAAUCUUCAUCACUACAAGAAGAUAGUGACAUGUCUCCCUCAAAGUCACCACGAAAAUCUUCAUCACUACAUAAAGAUAGUGACAUGUCUCCCUCAAAGUCACCACAAAAAUCUUCAUCACUACAAGAAGAUAGUGACAUGUCUCCCUCAAAGUCACCACGAAAAUCUUCAUCACUACAAGAAGAUAGUGACAUGUCUCCCUCAAAGUCACCACGAAAAUCUUCAUCACUACAUAAAGAUAGUGACAUGUCUCCCUCAAAGUCACCACGAAAAUCUUCAUCACUACAAGAAGAUAGUGACAUGUCUCCCUCAAAGUCACCACGAAAAUCUUCAUCACUACAUAAAGAUAGUGACAUGUCUCCCUCAAAGUCACCACAAAAAUCUUCAUCACUACAAGAAGAUAAUUUGCCCAAUGUUGCGAGUUAUGUAGAAGCAAAUAACUCGGCUUCUGAAUCAAACUCAGCAUAUGAUUUCGACAAAACUGAGGAGAGUUUUGAGAACAUUAAAGACAUCGCCAAACAGAGAUUUGCCCGCAAGGUAUCACCAAUGAAUUUUAACUUAUCCAAAUUGAUAGGAGGACUAAAGCCUUGUUCAGUUAUGGUUACUGAUAUAUCCCUGUCUUUGUCAGGAACAAAGGAAGUAAGUGACCCAGGAACAAAGGAAGUAAGUGACCCAGGAACAAAGGAAGUAAGUGACCCAGGAAUACAGAAAGGAACUGACCCAGGAACACAGGAAGAAAGUGUCCCAGAAACACCGGAAGACAGUGACACAGAAGCGUGGGAAGACAGUGUCCCAGGAAUACAGAAAGGAACUGACCCAGGAACACAAGAAGAAAGUGUCCCAGAAACACAGGAAGACAGUGACACAGAACCUUGGGAAGAAAGUGUCCCAGGAACACAGAAAGGAACCGAACUAAAAACACGGGUAGAAAGUGACACAGGAACACAGGUAGAAAGUAACACAGGAACACAAACACUGACUGUUAAAGGACAAGGUUGGACUGAAGACAAAGGUGUUUUGAAGGACCAAGGCCCAUCACUGACAGAAGAGAUCAUUCGUAGGACUGAAUCUCCUUCAGGAAGUCUACCUGUAUCAUUUGUGCUUCAAGGAAAGUCUAUAAUUGAGGAAGAACCACCUUUACCACCCGGAAACACUCACGACGGUUUGGGAAAAUACACGGCAGCGUUGGCAACUGACUUUCCUUUACUUCCCCCAAUCAGCUUUAGAGACAUCGAGAUAGACGACCAUGAAAGUCAACUGUAUGUGUCGACGAGCCAUUCCAGUGAUGGGGCAGAUGUUGAUCUUGAGAGUAGCAUAUCGGCUGCCCUCUCUGCUCUCGAUACCGAUUCGGAAAAGAAAAGCAAGGAGAGUCCCGAGAUUAAGUUGCAGUUGGCCUCUCUUGAUACUACUGGAGGUAGUCAUAGCACACGUUCUUCACAGUCUGCUGCACCAAACACAGACUCUCAGGAACUUGUUGACCCGGGGGAAAGUACUGGAAGUGGUGGGUCAUUGUCAUCUAAUGAUGAAGCUUCCUCUUCACCUGCAAGGAAGAGAGUGGGUAUGCAGGCUUCAUUGUUACCCCUGAGGAAAAGUCCAAGGAAGUCUUCAGGUAAAGAGCCUUUAAGGGCACUUUUUAAGAAAAGUCCAAGGAAGAGUAUUGGUAUGAAGGCUUUAUUGUCACCCUCGAAGAAGACUUCAGUAAGAGAGGCUUCAUUUUCACCCUCGAAGAAAAGUUCAAGGAAGAGUGUUGGUUUGGAGGUUUCGUUAUCACCCUCGAGGAAAAGUCCAAGAAAGAGUUCAGGAAAGGAGACGUCCCUGUCACCCUUAAAGAAAAGUCCAAGGAGGAGCCUAGGAGUUAAGGCUUUACCAUCCCCAUCAAGAAGGAGUUCAACCACAUCAGUAUUGUCGUCAUGGUCUAGGGAUAAAAUGUCCUCCUCGUCACGGACCACGGAGAAUACCUCUAACUUGAGGAGUAUAGUGUUGACUCGGGAACAGGUUGAGGUCCACCCGGAGGAGGCCAUCAAGGCGAUGCAGAGAGCUUCGAGAACCUUGGAAUUAGAGGGGAUGUCAGUCGCUGCUUCUGAGCCAACUUUAGACCAGCAGGCAGAGAUACUGACUGAGAAUGUGAGAGAUGGGAACCAAGUGAAAUCAGCUGAAAGUGCACCUAAGGAAAAGGCUAUAAUGCAGAAGGAUUCUGACACUGGCCAUCACCAGCUGAACUUAGCCCCAAGUGAUGAUAGAACUCUCCCAGCCGAGACAGAAGCAGCAGUCUCCCUCGAUGAUUUUGAAGAGUCGGUUGAGGAUUUGAAACUGUCGGAGAGGGAAGAGGCCAUGCAGGGUGAUUCUGAAAGUGAUCAUUACACGCUGAACUUGUUGGCAGUUCCUGAGAGAAAACAUUAUCAUUCACCCAGUGUUGGGACGUCUCUGGCCGAGACAGAAGCAGCAGUCUACCACGUUGAUAUUGAAGAGCAAACAGAGAAUGGCGAACCGAGCGGUGAAGAGGCAGGUCACGUCACACAGCCUCAGAAGAAGUCAGUAAGGAGGUUGUCUGCAGUAGGUGAGCCAAGUACCAGCGCAGCAUUGGCCAGAACGAAACAGUUGACUAUGAGGGAGUUCAUCGACAAGCUGGCUCAGAAACCAGUGCAGCCACCACCUGGAGUAGUGGCUGAGGCAAAGGCAAGACCCCAGUUACGUGACCUCCUCAAAACUAGACCUCCUGCUGCCAGAGCACCAAGAACUGUAGUCAAGAAGACCAAAAAAAUUAAACAGAAACCAUUGCCAGUCUCCUUACCAAAGGGCUUGACCAAAGAAAUCUUCACCCAUUAUGCACUAUGCAAACUUUCAACCCGUGGCAUGGACGAGGUCAUGAAAACGUGUGAAAAGUACUGGAAAAAUCUGUUUUCUGAUCUUGACCACAUAAAGACGGCCAGAAAAGGCUCAGCCGAAAUUAAGACUAAAGACAUGAGGAAACUGUUGUCUCGUCAGGGCCUGAUCACCACAGAUGUGAGUCUCUAUGCCCUGGUGGAAGAAUACUUACCUGUUGAGGAGUGGAACGUAAUUAUGCCAACACAGUUUGCAAAGGGUAGGAUCUACCCACCAGAAGAAAUUAUCGACGAAAUGUUUAAUUCGGGGUAAUAUAUUCCUUGUGUCAAGACUAGAUUAUGAAGAAUACAGUACGUAUAUAGUUGAGGGAUCACCUGAAGAUUAGCCACUCCAGCUUAUUUCACCUGAUAAUUAAUUAAACACCCUAACACUACCUAUUCAAUCAGAUGAAAUAAGCUCGGGGUAACAAAUCUUCAGGCAGUCCACAUGAUUUCUGGUACAGUACAGUAUAGUUAUGAAGAAUAUAGACGAUGAAUCAUUACAGUUAAACAGCAUAUUUAUAUUUGUAAUAGAAAGUCAUUUUAUUUUGGGUGUUCAACUUGGUAAUCUUGGUGUAGUUGUCACAAACAUUAAAGGAAAAUUACUUAAACUUUUAUAGGACAUAUAUAUUGUAGUUCAGUACUUUACAUUCUUCUUGCUUAUAUUUUUACUUUUAUUACUUUUAUUUCAGUAGAUGAAUAUUCUAAUUUCUAUUGUGUUGAUUUAGUAUUUGGUUUAUUGUAUUAAAGUUAUCAUAUAUCUAAUAAAAUAAUUUGUAUUUU